AUGGGAGGCAAGAGCCACAACGACGGCGACCCUGCCCACGAGUCGCUCGGCGAUGAUGCGUUCUCGCGGACCAUUGACAAACUCCGCGAGCUCGGCAUCGCCGAUCUGGUCCCCCUUCCGCAACUUGUCGUGGUAGGUGACCAGUCUUCGGGUAAGAGUUCUGUUCUGGAGAGUGUGACGGGUUUCGCUUUCCCUCGCGCUCCUGAGCUCUGCACUCGUUACGCGACCCAGAUCACUUGCCGCCGCGAUGAUUUUGAGAGCGUCCAGGUCUCCAUCAUUCCGAGCCAGGACUCCAAGGAGAAUCGGAAGGAGCGACUGAAGAAAUUCGUGUUUGCUGUCGAGAAGAAUGACCUCGCGUUAGCGGACAUCUUUAUGAAGGCGAACGAAGCCAUGGGACUUCGUGGUAUCAACGACGCGGAUGAUUCGAAGCUUUCCACCUUUGCCGAAGACAUUCUCAAGAUUGAGAUUAACGGCCCCGAUCAACAUCACCUAACCAUCAUCGAUGUCCCGGGUAUUUUCCGCACGUCUACAAAGGGCCUGACCACCGACAAUGACAUUGUUAUCGUCAGAAACAUGGUCAACAGAUACAUCAGAAAUCAGCGUACCAUCAUCCUGGCAGUCAUCCCUUGCAAUGUCGACAUAGCGACCCAGGAGGUUCUUACCCUUGCCAAAGAAGUCGACCUAGAGGGACUUCGAACCAUGGGUGUUCUCACCAAGCCCGAUCUCGCCACCGAGCGCGCCACUCAGCAAAUCGUAUGCGAGCUUGUCGAGGGCAAACGCCAUCUUCUCCGCCUCGGAUACUGCGUGGUGAAGAACCGCAGUGCGGAUGAUACCACCUCAACGAUGACCGAUCGAAAUUCGUCCGAAAAGGCGUUCUUCUCUGCCAAUCCUUGGACGAGACUCAGAUCAACGAACCGAGUCGGUGUUCAUAGUCUCGCCAUCCGUCUGCGUGACUUGCUGCGCGACCUAUCCAAGAAGGAGUUCAAAAACGUCAAAGACGAGAUUCAUCGUAUGCUCAACAAGAGCGAGACCGAACUCAAGCGCAUGGGUCCUUCACGCUCUCGGCCGGAUGCCCAGCGACGAUACCUCGGCCAAAUUGCGUCAGAUUUCCAGGAGGCCGCUCUUCGAGCUCGCGACGGACAUUACAACGGAAUGGACAUGUUCGAACAGAACCCGAAGCUUCGACUCAUCACAUCAAUUGUCAACCUCAACGAGCAAUUUAACAAGGUCUUCGCGCUGCGUGGCCACACGAGAAAGUUUGAUGGACCAGCCGAGACAGAGUUCGGGUCCGAUACUCCGCUGAACGUCGACGCAAUCACCGAUACAGACAAGGCUCUCCUUGGAAUUCUGAAAAAUCUGACGUUCCAAUGCCCCGAGCCUUCGAAGAGCUCACUAUUGAGCAACAUUGAAAGUGUUUUUCAUGAAUCCCGCAGUGCCGAACUUGGCUCCUUUUCGAGGUCCAUGUUAGCGCAGGUCUUCAAGGAACAGACCAAGAAGUGGAAGCCGCUGGUAUUGAAGCAUGUCAGCCAGGCAAUCAUACUAGUUCAUGAAUUCAUCGGUGCCGUGCUCAGACUCAAGUGCGCCGACAGCAACACUUUCGAGGAGCUGCACGACAACUUCCUCCUUCCCAAGCUCCGUGCUUCGUAUCAAAGAGCUUUAGAUCAAGCACAGUUCCUCAUCGAAGUCGAGCUCAGUGGGCAGCCCUACACCAUGAAUCACUACUUCAAUAGCAAUCUCCAACAUUCUCAGGCCAUGAGGCUCCAGCAAGCCAUCAAUAAGGCCGUUGACCCGGCAAGCGUUCUCAACGCCCAUGGCGCUGCGACAAAUAACACCAGCAACAAGGCAGCUCCGGUUUUCGGAGAUACCGCAGUUGUCACGCCCAGAGGGCCUGGGACCCCGGUAGUGAAUAGUAAUGGAAGCCCUUUCGAUUUCACCGCUCAGAAUACCGCCGGGUCUUCCAAAGCUGCAGGAUGGUGGGUAUCAAAGUCAAUGCUCCCCAAGCUCACAACCGAUCGCUCCAACGCUGAGCAGGUCAGAGAGGAUAUCCAUGACAUCCUUCGCAGCUACUACAAAGUUGCUCGCAAGCGAUUUGUUGACGUUGUACCGCAGCAAGCCGUCUUCCACUUCUUGCUUGAUGCCAAAACCAGCCCUCUCAAGAUCUUCACCCCUGAUCUAGUCAUGGGCUUGAACGACAUACAGCUGCAGAUGAUUGCCGGAGAGGAUACGGCAACGCGGGAUAGACGCGAUAUUCUUACUCGAGACGUUGAGAACUUGAAGCUCGCUCUGGAGGAGCUGGGAAUGUCGAAAUAA